AUGAAUUUAUUUUUCCUUUUACUCGAUGUUAUCCUUCCUAAUUCUAUCAUAUUGUUCGCAAUUUGGAAAGUUGAAAACGUUACUGUAAAAUGGUACGGUAUCAAUUUAUUGGCCGCAAGCAGUCUUGCCAGCGUUGGAUAUUAUGCUAGCGUCGAACUUGAAAUAAAGCUGAAAUCAUCUAACGAAGUUUUAGUUUUGAUGAAAUCGCGGGUGUUUAUUCUCGCUUAUUUAUUUGCACAGGCAGUUUCAAUUCCAAUUGCAAGUUUAAAACUCAUCAAAAAUGAAGCAGUUGUAGCAUUUGUUACCAUGUGCCAUUAUUGUGCAACUGUUGUUAUAUAUCUUAAUUCAAUCAUAAUAAUGUUCGCUGCAAUUUAUACGGCCUACAGAAAUAAAUUGUUCAGUGAAAAUCACCAACUGAAAGAAGCGCUUAAACCACUCAUCUUUUAUUUUCUACCGAUUACACUUAUCGAUCUUUGCAUAGUCUUCAGCGCUACUGGAUUAACCAUUAAUACAGAUUGGUUGGAUGUUUUAUUCCAAAUAAUAACUAUUAACAUGAAGUUUCGUGCAACAGUAGUUGUAUUGUGCACAGUUUUCGUACUGCCACCAUUCCGUAAAGCGUUGUUUAAUUUAUUGGGUAUUGAAAGUCAACGACGGAUUGCCGUAGUACAACCAUUCACUGAAAUUCAUUCAAAUGCUGGACGAAGUAACAUUUAA